CAAAAGGUUCAACUAUUAAGCGUUGCAAAUCUAUCAGCGAAACAGCUGUUGAAGUCAACACGAAACKCUCUCAUCUCUAUUGUUCCAUGUCCAAUAAUAAGAAUAUUCGCAACGUUUGGCAACCCUGAGUGAGCUAAGUAACAACAAAAAUAAUACCGCUGCCUCAAAUCGCUGGAAAUUACAAAUCAAACACAACUAAAUGAUUGUGUUUAGGAAUUGUGCGGUGCUUCUGGUGAUUGCCUCAAUAUGCAGUUUCUUAUAUGGCAUUGCACACAUACACCUCGAGGUGGAGCCCAAUGCUUGCCGAAUGACUUAUAUGUUUGGUGAGCCAAGAUUUGCGCGCGUUCGAUUUAAUGCCAAUAAGCUAUUUCCCAACUAUGGCCUAUACUAUUAUUAUGAAGGUAUGCGCCAGCCUCUGGAUCCUCUUAAAACACGUAUGACUGGAGCUCCAGUUAUCUUUGUGCCCGGCAAUGCCGGGUCGUACAAGCAGGUACGCUCCUUAGCAUCAGUGGCGUUGCGCAAGGCAGGCGAACAUCCACAUACAGGCAAACAUCUAGAUUACUACACAAUUGACUACGAUGAGGAGCUGUCGGCUCUCUAUGGCGGCUAUAUGUAUCAUCAACAAUCGUUUCUCAAACACUGCAUACGUACCAUUGCUUCACUAUAUAGUCAGCCCAGCCCCGUUGUGCUGAUCGGCCAUUCCAUGGGCGGCAAGCUGGCCCAGUCAGUGCUAACCGAUGCAGAAAUCAGUCAGCAUAUUAAUGCCAUUAUCAGCAUAUCGACACCACUCGAUCAUCCGGUGCUCAACUUGGAUGCACAUCUGGGCCGAUUCUAUAGCGAGACACACGAGCAGCUCAGCCGCACACGCACCGCCACCCAGCCGUCAAUCAUGACAAAUGUAUGCCAGAGCUUGCAUCAGAAGCCGCUCAGCGAGCAGAGCAUGACCAACCAGGAUCUAUCCGCCAAGCUGGAUAAUGUCUUGCUCAUUUCUACGGGUGGCGGCAAUCGAGAUCUGCUCGUGCAGGCCGGUCUGACCACCUCGCAGUUCAACGAUCUACAUGCCAUGACCUCGGCUAUACCACGCGUGAGCCUUAGCUGUGACCACUUAUCGGCUGUCUGGUGCCUGCAGUUCAUGCAGGUCAUCAAUGGCUUCCUGUUCAGCAUUUCCCAGCGACGAGAUGAUGGCUCAGUGGUCUUUAGCAACAACAAACAUCGCAACAUGCAAUCUGCAUUAGGACACUUUGUGAAAUCGCCGACACGUCAGCAGAGCUUCAUAAAGAUUCCAACCCACAAUAAUUGGCAUGAAGAACGUAGUCUAGUCAUCAACAAGUUUUUCACUAACGGCCUAAAAAGUCAUUAUUAUGAGCUGAUUGGUUUAGGUCGUCAGCCACGCUAUAAGAAACUUGCCAUUGAGGCUCUGAACAUUGACGGCGAUGAGAAUUGGCUAUUCGGCUGUGAAUCAUAUAGGAACAUUGAAACCGGACAGAACUAUUGCCAUAAGGCAACGUCUUUAACACAUCUCGUUCAGCGUCUGCCCAAUGCAGACCAAGAUCCCAGAAGCGUUGCAAUUCUUGAUUUGCACAAUUUACGCAACACAUAUGAGAAGUGGACCCACUUGCUCGUGCGCUUGCCGCCGGGCAGUCAACGCACUGGCUAUAAUCUGGACAUCUAUGACCCCAAGGAUCGCAUCCUAGACAUACGCAUGCCGCGCUGGUAUGCAUCUGGGCGGCGCGUCGCUAUUAACGAGACACUACAAGGCACCAUACACUAUCGCAUGCGCAUUGCCGAUCUGGUCGAACCGUAUCAGAGCCUGCGCGUUUACAUUGAUCCGCAGAACUGUCUACAGCCGAAAUACCGGAUCACGGUCCGUCUGUGCGUGCCCUGGGCAGCCGGCUUUGAGCGCUACCACACUCUGACUUCACCAGAUCAAAAACCUGGACUUUACAUCAAUGUGCCCGUCGUGAUGCCUCGACAUUAUAAUACCACAUUGAAUCCAGUUUUGCUCGACUUGUACUUGGAUCCCAUUUGCCGUUAUCGCAUUAGCUAUGAGAAUUCCUAUGCUGAUGCCUUGUCACGUAUUGUACUUGAGUUCUAUGGCUGGAUGCCAGCACAUUUCGUAUGCGUGCUGUUGAUUGUGCUGCGCAAUCAGCUGGACAAGUUUCAGGUCGCGGGCAGCUUCCAGAGCUUGAAGCCCUACAUUGGCUACUUGCAGUACACAUCGCUCUAUGUGGUAACAGGCUGCCGCUUGUUCAAGAAGUUGGUACUCAAUAUGAAGAUGUUGCCGAUACCCGAGCAACUGGACUAUAGCAUUAAUAUAUCGAUCAUAAUCCAUUGCACCGCCAUUGGGCUGUCGGUGAUGACCGCUUUGGCCUUAUGGUUUUGUUUGACCACCUAUGGGAAUGCGAUCCAUCGUCUGGCGUUGCGUUUGACACGCCUAUCCUCAUCCGGCUCGAACAUAAUGCUCUCGAUCAUGACACAUUUGCCGAUCACCUACGGCAUACUGACAAUUAGCGUUGCUCUGGGCGCUUGCAGCGGCCUGGCCCUGUUUUUGGCGUUUGUUUUCUAUUUCCUGAUGGUAUCGAAUGCCUACAAGGACUAUCUGGAGGACUAUUUGUGGCAAAAGGCGGCCAAUUUAGUGCACAUGGCAACCGGCAUUGGCAAGAACUCAAAGACCACUAAGGAAAAUCAAUCUACAGCUGUAGCUAACGCCAUAGACCAGUCGCCAGUGCCCAGUGAUGAUGAUGAGCAGUCRCAGAAUCAAGGACAAGAUGAGCAACACGAACAGAAACCGCUGCAGCCCAACAAGGAUAAAGCCGAGGAGGAGCUAUGCGUUGGCUUGCAAAACUUUUCCUUCCAUGUAACCCUACUCCUAUUGCUGCUGACACUCCUAUUGCUUAGUGUUCCGGCCAGCUUGGCCUGGCUGCGCAGUCGCAGACAUGGCAUUAUUCUACCCGAUCCAGCUUUACAUACAACCAUUGUGUCCAUUAGCUCAAUUAGCUUGCUGCUGCAGCUACGCUCACCUCAGAAAUUACCUGGCUAUUGGAUUCUGUCCGUCUUGUUGUAUUUGUGUGCUGGAACUACCUUGCUCUAUUGUCAAAUUGCUAUAUAUCGACUGAACUAUAUCAUCGCUGGAGCCUUCGCAGUGAUCGCCAUACAUCAAGUUCUCCAACGUUUAUAUCACAAGCUGCGCCCCGCAGCCACUUAGGAUUAAUGACAAAAAAAAAAAAAAAAAAACCCACAAAAGCCAAUCAAAACAAUUUCCAAUGAAUACUUAGUCAACAUUUGCCUGUAACCAAAUAAGCGACACCAAACGCCACGCACAAGCCAUUGCCCAAGGAGACGUCCAGUUGGAUAGGCAAUGCAAAACUCUGCAAAUGGAAAUGACGGGAAGUCCAUAACGAUCUGCUCCACAAAUCUAACCCAAAUGGAUAAAUGGAGGCUGUGAACGCCCCAAAUCGAUACAAAUUAAUAAUACGAAUGAAUGAAA